AACACAGCCUGUACCUUCGUCUGUUAGCUUAGCAACCGGAAAAUGCGCAGGAGAAGGGGUCGAUUUUUGAUUACGUCACUGUGGAUACACGAGGGGAAGGCGAGCUAAUGAGACCCGUGCUCUUUACAACAUGGGGAAGCAGAAAACAAAGAAGUUUGCUGCAAUGAAGAGAAUGAUUAAUCUGAAAGAUCAAAGAAUAAAAGAGAAAGACCGUGCUAAAGCAAAGGAGAAAAAGAAGAAGGACCCCUCGGAGCUUAAGGAGAGAGAAGUGCUGAAACACCCAUCAUGCCUGUUCUUCCAGUACAACACUCAGCUUGGACCACCAUACCACAUUCUAGUCGACACCAAUUUCAUCAACUUCUCCAUCAAGGCCAAACUGGACAUUGUUCAGUCUAUGAUGGAUUGCCUGUAUGCAAAAUGUGUCCCACAGAUCACAGACUGUGUCAUGGCUGAGAUUGAAAAGCUUGGAAUGAAGUACAGAGUCGCACUCAGGAUAGCCAAGGAUCCGAGGUUUGAGCGCCUGCCGUGCACACACAAGGGAACAUAUGCCGAUGACUGUUUAGUCCAAAGGGUAACACAGCACAAGUGUUACAUUCUGGCUACAGUGGACAGAGAUCUAAAGAGAAGGGUCAGGAAGAUCCCUGGGGUGCCCAUCAUGUACAUCUCAAACCACAGGUACAAUAUUGAACGGAUGCCUGAUGACUACGGUGCUCCAAGAUUUUAAUAUCUCUCCAACUGAGCUAGACCUGUAAAUAGACUGAAGUUUCCUGUUUAAGAUUGUUUUUCCUUUUAUACAUAUUAGAAAUAUUGUGAGGGGUUUAAUGUUUGGUUUGGUAAAGAUGGGAUGUGUUUGAUGAAACUGCAAAUUACUUUAAGUUUUGUUCUUCUAAAACAUUGUGUUACAAUAAUAAAUGAAUUGUUGCAUUGCACAUCGUC